AUGAAUGGUCGGCACACGCCGUACGAAUUAUCGUUCGACCUCUGGAAAAAAUUCAAAGAGGACGAGGUUACGGAAGUGGUAAAGUCCUGCGAAAGGCGUCUUGAGAAUAGUGGCCGUGUGGUUUCGGCAUGGCCUCCGGUUGGUGCGAAGAAUUCUGAGGUGUGGAUAAAGAUGAUCGAUAUCUGGAAACUAUUGGAUGCGACUCUGAAAAAAAGAGCGGGAUCUGGACAGUUAUCUAGAACGGCAAACUCGAAAAUAGAGGAAGAAUAA